GUGCUCUACAGUUCUUCUCAAAUUUUCUUGACACAACAACCAAAGUUUCGUUCUUAAAAUAAUGAAUUUAUAUCGGAGGGAUCAUCUAUUGUCAGCAAUCAAAUGCGAGAUGUGCCCCAAGAAAGUGACCAACUUUGUUGUCGGUCUCUGUGAACGAUGCGUUAUCAUUUGGACGAACAAGCGGGGCAUGGAGAAUAUGAACAUAACCAUUGACCAUGUGAAGGCCGCAAUUGUUAGUAUGAGCCAAAACAACACGUAUUAUCUGAGAAUGGAAGAUACAUUCCGUCGGGUUAUCGAGGAGGAGCAAAGACGACGCCGAAAUAAGGUCGAACUCUUUCAGAAGAUCAGAGAGAAAUUUCAAAACGAAAUUCUCAUUCAAGAGAAGUUGACUUACGGUUAUUUUGUACCAUACCAAACGGAGGAGAACUACUUUGAUAUAGACAUACACAGGAUGGAUAUAAGUGAUGUACUCGAGGAUACGAGACUGUCUUAUGUUACCGAAAUUUAACACUAUUUUUACUCACUCCGUACAUUUGUAAUUAAUUUCAUUCAUAAAUCAACUCAUUAAAA